AUGAGUCCAUCGGGUUGGUCAGGCGAUGCUGAGGCAAAUGGAGAGGCAUAUGGAGGCACUCGGGGGAUUCCUCCUGCUAGCGCUCCCUCUCUCUCUGUCUCUCAGGUACAAGAUGAGGAAACACAGGACAAGAUACGGCAGCCUGUCAGCAAAGCAAUUCAGCGGAACCGCCUUAAAAUGGUAUUAAAAAACUUGUCGCUCUUGAGGCUACUCAAGAACUCAAACCCCCGGAACCAAGAACUGUAUAACCUGGCCAAGAGAUGUUGGAAUUCAAGGCUCAGAGUUCCGAAGGUCCUCCUCAUCUCCUCUGGGAACAAGGCUGUGGGCGAUAAAGUGGACCAGAAUACUAAAGAGCCCCGGAAGGCUAGGUGCUCCAAGAAGAAACUGGAUUCUAAGAAGUUAAGGUCUAUAGGGAAGCCUAAGGAAUUGAAGUCUAAGGUGUGGUUGGGAGUGAGGAACAAGGCCCAGCAGUCACGUGCAGCAGUGCCAGAAAGAGAAGAACAGAUGGAGUCUGAAGCCCCACAGACAUCAAAGGAUCAUGGCCAGACCACUUGCCCUGGAGCCCGGGGGAGGCAAAUACCCACUGGGGACCCCCAGGUUGUCUUCCUGAAGACCCACCAGCAGAGAACUCCCACGGGGGACAUGGAGCAGCUGGAAGUAGCUGACCGGUGGGUCUGGUAUGAGGGGCUGCCCACACGAAUCCACCUCCCAGGGCCCCGAGUGAUGUGCCGAUCAUCCACCCUGCGCUGGAUCAAGCGCUGCUGCACCCGCUUCUGCUCUGCAUCACUUGAGCUGCCUAUGUGCCAUCCAUACAAGGUGUGACAACGCCACUGCCAAGCCAGGGUAAGUCACGGGCCCCAAGCCAGACCCAGAGCUGGGCCUCAGAGUUAGUGGGCUCCGGAUCCAGAGUCUUGGGGGCUGUGGCUGGCAGUGCUGGGAGGCCCCAUCUCUACGCCUAGAAAGGGAAGCUCAGAGAGGGGGAAACCAUUGACCAAGGCCACACGGCAGAGUAGUGGCGAGGCUGGAGUCCCUCAGGAUCCAACUGGGGGCUCUGGGGAAGGAGCGGUACACCCUUGGGCUGUGGGUUCAGAGGUGGGUCAUCUCUUUGGCUGGAGGCCUCAGGAAGGGCUACAACUGCUAUGGCUCAGAAUCUCAUAGAAAUCUGAGUAAGCGAGUUUAGGAAUUUCUAAAUGUGGGGGAGUGGUCAAGUAGGGCUCUGCCACAUCCCAUCCCUCUCAAACCAAAUCAAUUCUUCCGUUUGUUUUAUUUAUUCGUGCUUCAAAUAAGAUUUACUCUGAAAAAGUUCCUUGAUAAAAGUUCCUUGGCUGCAUAUAUAUAUAUCCAGCCACUCCAUGAGAGAAUUCAGGUCCCAAGAAAGGAAGCGGGUGAUGGGCUUGGGGGGUCCAGCCAAAAGGGAGGCUUCCCCUUCACAAAACUCUCAUCUCCAACCUGCCAGACAACGCAGUGCGAUCCCUAAGCCCUCUCCCUGGACGGCAGCGCCCCCUGGGGGCAUCCUUAGCUCCUAACACCGAGGUCUCUGCUCGCAGGUGGUGUGAUGGGAGCCGGAGUGUCAGCAGAGGGCCGAGAUCGUGCUAUCAUCUAAAAGGGGAGGUUGGAUGGGAAAAUUCGGAAGAAAAGAAAUAAAAUCUCCCAUAUAGCACUGAAAAAUGCUAUUGCUGCCUCUGCCUGUCUGUCUGGGGCUGGAAAGGCUGGAGGAAGGAGGCCCUCAGCAGAGGCAGGGAGAGAGGGUGCAUUACAUCCUCAGGCUUCUGCCACCCCAUUCCUCAGCCCCUCAGGUCAGUCUAGAACCCAGAACAAAGAAGCCAGCAAGCUGCUCCCCUCCCCACCUCCACAAACUAGCCUCCUGAGUGGUGUACUCUAUGAAGUCAUAGAAAGGGAACAUUUUUCGGGUGUGUCCUGGGUGCCAGGUGCCUCACAAUAGCCUUGCAAGCCGAGAGGAGGAAACCGCGGUGCGAGAUGGGAGGUACUUGCCCAGGCUCACACCGCUGGGAGCGGUGAAGCAAGAACGCUAAUCUAGGUCUCCUGGCUGCUCCCAUUUCCUUUUCCCAAGAAAGGAGAAAGGUCCAACGGAGCUUCCAGCCGGUCAGGCACAUGCAUUGCACCCUGGUUAUCACAGCCUCGGGUGUCAAUAAAUGGGUACUGCUGGGCCCCACCUGAGUCACGGAAAGCACCGAGUCAGGCGGAAAGCUGGUACUGUGCCCCUACCGCUCCCGUGUGACAUGGCGCGUCCAUCAUCCAACUCCAAGCCUUGGUUCACCCUCCCAGUCGGGGUCAUCCUCUGUAGAAACCAUAGGGCCCUGAACAUGCAGUUGCGGGGAGGAAAGCCCGGGCUUUCUCCAGACAAAGACUAUCAUCCUCUGCAUUCCCCCAGAGGCAAGACUUAGCAGAGCGGGUGCCCUCGGGAAAGCAGCCAU